UAAUAAAAUAGCAGUGACAGCAAUGGUCCAGACGCCUGUGUUUUCAUUUAUCCGUCUAGUGAGGUGCCUUUAGUCCUGUAGGGUCGAGUUACGGCAUCACGGUGCGCGGUCAAACUUUGAUUCUUAGCGAACGCAGUGGAUUGUUCCGAGGCCUUUUUGAAAACCGUUGGAAUCUUGGGCUCGUGGCAUCGUCUUCUGUGAGUAGAAGUGCUAGAAGAUCGUCACCAAGUCACCAAGAUGUUGAAAUUUUUAAAAGGAAAAAGCAGCAAACACGAGGGAAAGGAGGACGAGGAAAAACACAAGGCCAAGAAAAGCAGCAAAGAUGAAAAGAAACAUAAAAAGGACAAAAAGAAAGAAAAGGCUGCUUCAAUGGGCAGUCUAGACGGUGCUGGAGCAACGACUGAGACGAGAAAAAUUAAGAAGGAAAAAAGGAAACAAAAGGCCGCGUCUAUGGCGAGUCUCGACGGAAGCGGACCAACAAUCGAAAAGAAAAAGUGGAGGUUUGGUAAAAAGAAAACUUACGAAAUUGGUGAAGCUGGUGGCGUGACGUCAGUGACAAAAACGACGGAGACUAGAACAGAAACGAGGCCAGGGGGGAAAACGGUUACAACGACCGAGGUUCGCACUACUCGCACAAGGAGCGAUCAGCGACACCCUGGUGUGCUGUUAGUACAAGCAGAUAAACAUGACGAGAGAGCUGGAAGAAUAACAGAUUGGAACCAAGAGGUGGAUAUCUCAGGUAAUCGCGAAACAAGCAAAAUACAUGUGCAAAAAGAAAAUGGGAAGAGAAUGGAAAAUGGCAAGGAAUUUAGAGAAGAUGCUAGGAUAAGAUCAUCGAAUGAAGAGGAACUAAUCUCACCUGAAGACAAAAUCGAGUCGCUUCAAGGAGAGACGGGACCCAGGAAUAAAGUCGUGACGCCUGGAGGAAAAGUUGUACUUAUCGUGACAAGAAAGACAAGUUCUGGUGGAAAACCUGCAGCUGUUAGCGACGGCAAAAAUGUCGAUCGAGGGAAUAAGAUGGACCCACCCAAAAACGUGUCCCCACAGAUGGAAAAAGACAUAGUGAAGGAAGAGGUGAAUGUGCAAAAUGCAGAACGAUCUGUUGACCUUCCAUCUUGGCUAGAGGAGGUUAAAGAGGGUGAUAAGCCAAAAGACAAGAUGGACGGUACGGUUGACAUUGCCUUUGAUGUGCAAGGGAGAAAUAAGCCAUCAUUACACAGUGAACCAGCGGUCGUUGAGACGGUGAAAGAGGAACAAGUGGAAAAUUCGCCAGAGAUAGACUGGAGUAAGCUAGAGGACCCACAGCGACGGAAUACAUUUACCAAGACCAUCAUCACCAAGAGAGUCAAAGUCGACCUUCCUGGAAACGCAAGGCAAGAGGACAUCCCUGACGGGUCAACACCACAGAAGUGGCUAGUAGAUGUAGAGAAAUCUCCAGCGAAGACGCCAACAGGAUCUGACCAUAAUAAAGGCCCUCUUCAUGUCGAUGUGUCACUCACAGAUACAAAGCAUUCCGCGAACGACUUCCAGAGCCAAAAGCAGGGGAUGCGACCAAGAACUCUGCCCGCGGACGGCGCUCCUUAUAUAGAAAAGCACUUAGAAAAUGAUGUAUCCGACUCGACCCAAAGUGCGCCGGGACCUUGGGCUGAUAUGCCUGCCUCACCAGGACGAAAAAACAUUCUUAUCGUGACAAGAAAGACAAGUUCUGGUGAAAAACCUGCAAGUGCUACCGAAAAGAACGGGAAAGAUGUCGGGCGGGAGAAGAAGAUGGACUCACCCAAAAACAUGUCCCCACAGACGGAAAAAGACAGAGUGAAGGAAGAGGUGAAUGUGCAAAAUGUAGAACGAUCUGUUGACCUUCCAUCUUGGCUAGAGGAGGUUAAAGAGGGUGAUAAGCCAAAAGACAAGAUGGACGGUACGGUUGACAUUGCAUUUGAUGUGCAAGGGAGAAAUAAGCCAUCAUUACACAGUGAACCAGCGGUCGUUGAGACGGUGAAAGAGGAACAAGUGGAAAAUUCGCCAGAGAUAGACUGGAGUAAGCUAGAGGACCCACAGCGACGGAAUACAUUUACCAAGACCAUCAUCACAAAGAGAGUCAAAGUCACCAUUCCUGGAAACAUAAGUCAAGAGGACUUCACCGAUGGAUCGUCACAGACGAGCGAGAAAUAUGCAGACAUGACACCAAAGCGACGAAGCGGAAUAUGGCUGGUUGAUAUACACAGAUCUCCUGCGAAUAAAACGUCCGAAUUUGAGCAUAGGGAUCCUUUUCACGUUGACUUAUCAGUCAGUGAUCCGGAGCGUUCCGUAGAUUCGUAUGUCACUGAUGGAUUGGAGGCCGAGCCGACUGAGUCUAGGCAGGAAUUCACUGAAGACGUAGACAAGGUUAUUACUACCGACAGCGAGCCUCAAAUUAUCCACCUUAGCCUCGAGAGUUCACCGGGAUCUCGUGACGUGACAACUACAAGCGAGAAGAGGAAGAGUAGAGACAAAUACCCGAAGCUUGAGUACAUUACAUCCCUGGAUCUGGAAGACAUUGAAGUCUUAAAGUCCCCUGAUAAACAGAGACCAGAACUUCAGCGCCAAGAUGUGGUCACCCGAACAUUGACACAAAGUGCAGUCAACGAGCUGCACACGUCUCCACAAAACGGCGCAGAGCCAGUCGACUAUAAAAAAGGCGCAAAGAAAAUACCUGGAAGGAAAGACAGUAGUGACUCAAGUUCAUCUGAGUCAGACUCGGAUCACGAGGAAGGAAACCUGCGAUCAAAAAUGAGAAAGGCUGAGUUUCACACUAAUGGGCUACCAGGCUCAUCUCAUCAUGAUUACGAACCUGUUUAUGCUGCCGUUGAUUUCGACGCGAAGAGGAAAAAAAGGACCGAGACUGGUAGAGUUGGCAAACAGGCCCACUCUGAGCCUGAGUCCAAUUACGAAAAGCUUAAGUUCCCUCAUCAGUCAGACUACAUGAAGCUGCAAUAUCCUACAAAGAUCACCACCACCAAUGACGAACAAGUCAAAACAGAUAAUGGUCCUGCUCACAAGCAACAUUUUUCCAUGGUAGAUGUCACGGUUGGGCAAGAUAGUACAGAUGGUUUCCAGGAAACAAGAGUCAGAGACAGUUUACCCGUCAAAGUAGAGAUGCACCAAAGGUCUGAUGAUGGCACUACUUCCUCUAGUUCGUCAGAUUCGGAGGGAAUGGCAGACAAGAAAGAACAGUUGCGAAGAGCAGAGCAGCAGGCACGCCCCACACACGGAAUUAGACCGAAAAAUUGGGAUAUCCGAGAGAAAGGAACCGAGAUCUACCAAGGAGAGAAUCUCUCCAACCGAGGAAGCGAAGACCUUAAAUACUGGGAGAUAGUUGGUGAACGUGAUCAAGCGAAUAAGGAACUUGAGUUUGAUGUAACGACGAAAGAAACAUACAAGCCCGCCAGGGAAGGGUUUGUCCAUCGGCAACUUAUUUACCACGCCCCGAAAACAGACACGACUGACUUGCCAAGACAGAGUGGGACAGCAAGGGAGAAUGGCCUGAUUGAAAAGCGCACGAUGAGGACGACCACAACGAUCACAAACGGUGAUGGAAAAACGGUCACGACAACGACUAGAGAUGUUACGGACGACAAAGCGACAAGAACGACUAAAACCGUUACCUCCGAACAUACAGAUAACGCAGAACACGUAGAUGAACGCGUAUCGGCGUGGGCAUCGGAUGGUAACAACGAUCCCUCAGUGCGGAUGAAAGACCCUUCUGUUGAAUUUACAAAGACUAGAAGAGCCCAAGAAACCGGAAAAGCUGUGGAGGUGCAGCCACCCAGAACGGCUUCCAAAGAGUUAUUGGCUGAUUUUGAAGUGUUUAGAUCUAAGCAGCAGGCUCCAAAUAAGGCAGUGGGGCGCUCAGAUGAGGUGACGAAUGAAGUUGCAGUGUCGCAUCAGUCGAGAAGGAUCGUUGAGAGUGAGACUGUGAGAAAGGGAACAGCGCAGGAACUUCACUCUGAGAAUUCAGCACUUGAUAUCGACUCUAUAAGCUCAGAGGGCCCAGGAGAUACAGACAUGUCACGCCGAAUUAUCACCACAACGCAAGUUUCAACAACUCGGCGUUCCGGCCCGGACGGAAAAACAACAACGACAACCCGUGAGGUAGUCGACAGCGGAGGAAGACAACGAGUAACCGAAAGCACAAGGACUUCGCCAGGAAUCGGGCGAUACGAUUACACGUCGGCACGAAGAAACAUCACCGAGUACUCUCCGAGCCAAAGCAUAAAUACCGAGAGCUCUCCGAGCCGAUCGACCAGGACCGAUAGGUUCGACAGGAGCUAUUCGCCGAGAAAAUACGACUUGGAAAAGCCGCGCGCGAACGGCGAUGAAGACGGCGAGAUCACUGAAGAAAUUGUCGUCGUCAACAAGAAAAAGAAAGUCAGGCUCCCAAAGAAUUUUCUUGACCCAGAACCGAGUAAGCCACCGCGGGCGACGAUACCGCUGGACAAGCUGGUCGAUGCACCGGCGCGAAAGAAGAAGGAGCCAGUCAGGUACCGCAACCAAGUUCGGGAGAAUGUGCGACCUUCCCAGUCAGAGAAGAGAGAGGCGCCAGACUUGGCACUUCUCGAGAAGAUAACAAGGGAGCUUGGGAAAAAUAAAAACUAGAAUUGGAAGAUUAAUUAUCUUCUUUUAAACACCGUUAACAACUGAUAAGGAGUACAAUAUUUCGAAUGCUAUAACCUCUGAAAUUUUCAACGAACUGUUGCUUGUAAAUACAAAAUAAUAGCUAACUACAUUUGGCAUAUCUUUGCAAAACGUCUGGGCGCAAAAGAUAAAAAAGUGAGGGUACAUGAAAAGUGCUCUCUGAUAAAGCAAGCUUAAUGCAAAAACCAGAAAAGAAGGAUCACCCGCUUUGUCUGAAGGUUCACAUACAGUUAGACAUUGGCAUGCACAAAAAGUUGUCUAAAAUCGAAGUAUCGAAGUUGUCAGUGGUGGAAAAUGUUCAUACAAUCUUUGUGAAAAUAUUUGGACCAUGAGGGUUGAGUUUGCUUUCUCAAAAAAGAUGACAAUGCAUCCUAUAGCUUUCUAUACUAUAUAGCCUGCAAAUGUAUUCAUCAAAUCUCACAUAAAAAAGAAACAAAAAUGUCAGGACUGGGGCACAUUUUUUAGAUUAUGGGGACUGUUAAAAACAAAAUUAUUGGCCAAGGUUGUUUGGCAAAAAUCAAAUGUCAAUAAGACUCAAAUAUAUAUUUAGUGAAAAUUUUACAAAUUUUCAUAAAUUGUUAUUUGUCUAUUCUAUUACAAUGUAUUGUCGCCUAUGAGUAGGGAAACAUUUACCUAAGUUACCCACAGACAGCCCAAAACCACUGGUUUGUGAAGAUUGAGACUUCAGAGGAAAUGUGAAAUAAAUCUAAAUCUUUCAUAUAAA